ACCCUUUGAAUCAAAUUGUUUAUUUUUCGGAAGAACUGUUUUGCAAUAAAAAACUCUCGUCUACGUGUAAACAUAUUUAUGUGAAAUACAAAUGGUCGGGUAAUCGAACAGAAAAAAAAUUACCCGUACCCGAGUGAGCAGUAAAUUUUUUUUUGCUUGAGAUGGUCGGAUAUAGAAGUUCUUAUACCCGUACCCGAGUGAUUAGCAAAAAAAUUUACCCGUACCCGAUUAAAAAUUAGAAAAAUUAUCCGUACCCGAUUUAUUAUUGAUAAAUAAAAAAUACCCGUACCCGAUAAAAAAUAAAAAAAUUUUAUCCGUGCCCGACCCGUACCCGAUUAAAAAUUACCUGUACCCGAAUGAGUAGUGAAAAUUUAACCAAAAUUCAGGAUGGAAACAUAAAAUGUUUUAGAUAGCGAGCCGUAUCAGGCUCUAGUUGCUCAUGAAUACAUCAAACGAUGAACAAAUUCUGAUGCAACUAUUUAUGAAACAAACGUCUUAUGGAGAAUUUCCCAGAGAAAAUGUGAUAUACAAACAAGCAACUGAACGGAGAAGAAAUAAGACUUCUAAAUAGAGUUAUGUUAGGACACGAUUUCUCAAAAUAUUGGCUAGCUAAGUUACGAAUCAAUGAAUCUGAUGAUUGUUACCUAUGUGAUGAGCCAGAUACAACUGAGCAUUCUCUUCUGUGGUGUAUAAAAUACACACAUAUAUGAAACCAUUUCGAUUGGGAAACAUACUGAAGUCUACAAGAUGUAAUAGAAAACUUUAAGGAAAACAAUUUAACAAGCAUACUGAAAUUCAUUAAAAUGCAAAAUUUAACACCAUAUUGAAGCUGCAUACCGACAGCAUGGGCGAAAAUUACCAGAGGGAAGACAGUGGCGGAUAUGAGGCUACGAUCCUCUAAGCAAUGCAAGAAAAUACAACAACAACAACAACAACAACAACAGUAUCAAACGAUUAAAACUUCGUUUCUAUGGAAACGAUGUUGUGUGUAAAUCGGUAAACGAAUCAUUUUCACAAUUCAGUAGAACAAAUUUUUAUCAAAUUUUGUGAACAAUGUUGGCCUUACAAUAAAUUACCAAAUCCAAAAUUACCGUUAAUCGUGCGAUGAGCAGUGAAAAGGUUAUUUAUCGAAACGAAGAUCCGCAUGGACAGGGAGAUGUAUAUUUCUUGUGGCAAACUGGUGGAUCGGCUCAACUUAUGGCCACUACCGGGAGCGAUGGCACGGUAGCUAUUUUCAACAGACGAGGUCAGCUGGUAGAGCGAAUAGUACUGCAAGGUUUAUGUGCUGGUUUCGCAUGGGACAAAGAUGGAGAUAUACUGGGGAUAGUCACGCAAAACUCUCAACAGCUGAUCGUGUGGGACGCAAAUUCGCGCAAGAAACAAAGUGUUGACAUUGGCCUGCGAGAUCCUCCAAGUUGUAUCGUUUGGUCUAAACGAGCCAGUUUGUUAGCCGUGGCUACUUCUAGAGGAAAUCUAUCUAUUUAUAAUCACCUAACAACAAAGCGAAUUCCAAUACUCGGCAAACAUACGAAAAGAAUAACGUGUGGAGCGUGGUCAACGGAGAACAUUCUGGCACUGGGGAGCGAGGAUAAGUUUCUGUCAUUGAGUAAUGAGGAGGGAGACACUUUGAGAUCGGUUCAGCUUCGAGAUAUUCCAAGUGAUAUGCACUUUGCUGAAAUGAAGACAGAUGAACGGGUCCCGGGAGAGAAUACAAUAAGUAUGAUAUUGGGUAAACGGACGCUUUUUCUGUACCACUUGCCCGAACCUGAUUCACCGACAGAACUGGGCUUUCAGCAAAGAUACGGAUCACUAAUUCAGCACAAAUGGUUCGGUGAUGGUUAUGUGCUGCUUGGAUUUAGUCAGGGCCAUGUAGUAUCCAUUUCUACUCAUCCGAAGGAAGUCGGCCAGGAAUUGUGGCAAGUGAAAAAUCAUCGUGAUUCACUUAAUAGUAUUGCAGUUUGUAAGGAACUGGAGCUAGUUGCGUCAUGUGGCGAUAAUAAUAUUAAAAUUCAUUCGAUGGCUAAUUUACAAGAAACUGUAAAAAUCUUAACUCUUCACGAUCAGGCGGCCAUGAAAAACAUCGAGUGGAGCCCUGACGGGCAACUUCUGGGUGUGUCUACUUCCCAGGGUGCCAUUUGUGUAUUUGUCACAAAACUCCACUCUUUAUAUGCGAUUUCACCCCCGCGUAUCGCACUUCUGUCUAGUUUGGCAGAAGUGACGAUCCAUUAUUGCGCUCCGGAAAAGUUGAAGUCUGCUGCGAUAACGAUAGCAUUGGAGAUUGAGCCAUCCUUUCUAGCGAUUGGGCCGUAUCACUUUGCCUGCGGGAUGAAUAAUCAUGUCUGGUUCUACGAUUUAGGUCGAUCAUUAAAUGACAGUCCACUGUUGCUCGGUGACCGUGAGUAUAUGUCGGAAAUCAAAGAAGUUGUGCUUAGUUCGGAAUAUUGUGCGGUACUUUGUGGCGGCCAAAUCAUGUUGCAUUUGUUUCAGAUUGAGUCUGCAAGUGAAACGGCAAUGAAUCGAGAACCAAAAGUAUUUCCAGAUGAGAUUCGUGGUAUGAGUGAAUCGAUCAUUACAUGCCUGAUAUUAACCAAUGAUUUUCUUUGUUUCGCAACUGAUCUUGGUGAUAUUGUCCAUUUCUCACUGGAACGAUGGUCUAUAGUUAUUCAAUUUCGCCACCAAGUUGGAAUCAAAGCGAUAUUUUCCGAUCUGGAUGGAACACGAUUAGUGUUUCUAGACGAUCACGGUCAUGGUUAUAUUUAUAUUACCGCCAUAAAUGAGACUAUCCGAAUACCAGAAAUGCCGAAGCACACAGUAGGUUUUAUGUGGGACCACUCUUAUUCGAAUGCGUUCAUUGCAUUUGAUCGGAUCAGCUGUAUUACAUACGCUUUUGUACGAGCCUCGGUACAAGGGAGAAAAGUGGAAAAAGUUGGUGUAACCAAUUUAAUCAGUGAGCAGAUUCCUCUCAUGUUGUAUGACGGAGAUUUGUGUUUACACAGCAGUGGCAGGCUGACGACGAUUGUGCUUGAUACGCACGUGAACAAGCCUGGAAAAGAUGCCAAAGAACAGCUGCAGGCGGUAAUGACUAUGCGAAAGUACAACGAAGCCUGGGAAUUGUGCAAUCUAUUAAAUGAUACGGAAGAAUGGAUCCGAUUGGGGCAGUCAGCAUUGACGGACAUGAAUAUAUCUUUUGCUAUCAAGGUGUAUCGCAAUAUCGGAGACGUCGCUAUGGUUCAUGCACUAGAAGAAUUAAUACAAAUAGAGGAUCUCAACACGUUGGCUGGAUUCUGUGCGUUAUUACUGAACAAAAUUGAUGAGGCAAAAACGUUAUUUGCGAAAAGUGGAAACCCUCUGGAAGCACUUGAAUUGUGUCGUGAUUUGUUACAGUGGGAACAAGCAAUGGCGCUUGCAGAAUCACUUGCUCCUGAGCAACUUCCAUUUUUAGCACGAGAAUAUGCUCAACAGCUGGAAUUUACCGGCAACCAAACGGAAGCGUUAAUGAACUACGAACGUGGCUUAAAAAAUUACUUAGCCGAUGGGUUAAUAGCCCAGGAAGUAUUCAAACAGCAUAUAAAACAUUGCAAGUCAGGAAUUUCUCGCACGAGCAUAAAAUGUGGUGAUUACAGGCGCGGUGUUCAAUUGGCUCUCGAGUUGGACGACAAGCAGUUGUUCAAUGAUUGUGGUAACGCGCUCAUGGCUAGCGGCAAUUUUAAUGAAGCUGCUAUAUUACUUGAGCGAGGGGAAAGCUGGGACAAAUGUUGUGAACUGUAUAUUCAUCUUAAGUCAUGGAAGAAGGUAGAUAGUGUUUUACCUAACAUUACGAGUCUUAAACUUCAUGCGGCCUACGCCAAAGCAAAGGAAGCGGAAGGGCGUUAUGCGGAAGCAAUCAACAGUUAUCAGGUGGCAGGUGACAUGGAUAGCGUGGUUAGGAUUUAUCUGGAAUAUCUCUCUGAUCCACACAGUGCUUCUGAAAUACUGAUGGAAACGCGCUCGAUAGACGGUUCCAAACUAUUAUCCAAAUAUUUCGAACGCCACGGAGAUUUCGAAUCGGCAAUCCAAUUUUUGGUACUUUGUGGUUCGAUUGGCGACGCUUUCGCAAUUGCUGAAAAACAAAACAAAAUGCGACACUAUGGUGAACAGUUGGAGCAAAGCUCUUGCGCUAAAUCUUGUGAUUUCCUAGUACUAGCUUCACAUUUCGAAAACGAGAAAUAUACUCUUCUGGCGGGAAAGUACUAUUUUCUCGGGAAAGAAUACUACAAAGCUUUGAAGCAUCUUCUUAAAGCAGCCUCAUUUAGCAACGAGGAAGAUAUGGCUCUCUCAUUAGCAAUCGAUUGUGUCGCUACAGCCAAUGAGGAAAAAUUAUCCAAUCAGCUAAUUGAAUACCUUCUCGGUGAAGUAGAUGGAGUUCCGAAAGACCCCAAACUUUUGUUUCGAUUAUACAUGGCUAAAAUGCAGUUUAAAGAGGCAGCUAAGGCGGCUAUGAUUAUAGCCAAUCAAGAACAGAUUGCUGGAAAUUAUCGCAGCGCUCAUGAUUUACUUUUGUCCAUGUAUCAAGAGCUCAACCGAAACAACCUUGUCAUAGCAUCCGAUAUGAAGUCAUCUAUCGUAGUGUUACAUCGGUAUACGUUAGUAAGGACACAUGUAAAACGAGGGAAUCAUUUGUUGGCGGCUCGGCUGCUACUGGAAGUGGCGAAAAAUAUUUCCCAAUUCCCAGCACAUGUCGUGCCCAUCCUAACGUCCACAGUAAUUGAAUGUCAUCGAACUGGUUUGCGCAAGUCUGCCUUUGAGUAUGCGGUGAUGUUGAUGCGAUCAGAGUAUCGUCAUCAGAUCGAUGCGAAGUACGUCAAGAAGAUUGAGUCGAUUGUUCGCAAAGCACCCCGUGGUCAAUUGGAGGAUGCAGGAGGAUAUGAUACAAGUCCCUGCCCGAUAUGCGAUGCCUCCUUGCCCAGCAUGGAUUUUAUUUGCGGUCAAUGCAAGACAACGCUACCGUUCUGUAUUGCUACGGGUCAACAUAUUGUGAAGGAAAACGUUGUGGCGUGUCCGGAAUGUGAUUUUCCAGCGAUCAAGGAAGAAUUGUUAAAAAUUUUAGAUUCAACCGAAAAUAAAUGCCCGAUGUGUGGGGAGGAAAUCGAUACUUUGCGACUUGUUGAUGUAACUGACAUUCAACCGUAUAUCAUUGCGGGAACGUGAUCUCAUGAAUCUUCUGAACUUCAACGCAGUGAUAUUGGUAGCAUUUCCUAAAAGUAAUUCGAUUUACUUUGAUGUGAGUAUCUCAGUUUUUCUACAUAUUAUAUAUGUGCUCGAAAUGAA